UGUAGUUCGUGGUAAAGAAUUGUUAACCCUAAUUCUUUAAUGACAGUCCAUGACAGUUUACAAGAGACAUAUAGACUGAUUGAGUGCUUAAACAACCUUCGUCCGAUAUUCGUUCGCGCUCGGUGCUUCCUGUGCUGCGAAAAUUACUCUCGUACUGUCGUCCGUUAAAUUGGACGAUCGGAUGAAUAUGCGGCUGUGAGUGACCCUGCGUCUUUCAGCAAGAUAAUUCACAGAUAAUAUAUUAAAGAUGUCGGGUAGUAUUGUAGAAUUGGAAUAGAAAUUUGAAUCAACCACAAUGGUGGUUCUGUGGUCGGGGAGACCAGGCUGGCUCGGAAAAUUAGGUGUCUUGCUGCUGAUCUCUUGGCUUUUAGUUCUCAUUUUAUCAGUUUCCUACAUAUUCAAGAAUAGCCCAUCAUCGUCAUACAGCGAUAGUCCAACUGAUAGGGAUCAUGCUCAAAGAUUGGCUCAAAUAGUUAGUGAUUUUGAUGUUCUUAAGAAACAAAAUGAAGCUCUCAAAAACAUCAUUUUGGGCGAGGGUUCGAAACACAUGCAAGGGGACCAUUUGGGUACGCUACAAGAGAGAUUGGAUAAGGCAUCUAUUUAUUACGAUUUAUUCGAGCACAAUGGGCGUCAAAAGCCUCCGAGAAACGGUGAGCCAUCUUUGGAAUAUGAACAAUUGAGACGCAGGAUACGAGACGGUGUGCAAGAAAUGUGGUACUAUAUUAACUCAGAGUUGAAAACUAUCAAGAAAAACAAUUAUGACUUCACACCUGAACAGAGAGAUAAAGAUAUUCAGGAUUCACUGAAAAACGUUUGGGAGCACAAAAAAUCGCUAAUAUCAGAUAUAGAUAGAUUAGCAUUGGUUGAUGGAUAUCAGGAUUGGCGGGAAAAAGAAGCCAAAGACCUAUCUGACCUUGUACAACGGAGGUUUAGGUAUCUACAAAAUCCUAGUGACUGUGACAGAGCUCAAAAAUUGGUAUGCAGCUUGAACAAAGGAUGCGGCUUUGGUUGUCAGGUCCAUCACGCUGCCUACUGUUUUUUAGUGGCAUAUGGUACAGAAAGAACUUUAAUUCUUAAGUCCAGAGGCUGGAGAUAUCAUAAGGAUGGAUGGGAGGCGGUUUUCAAACCUGUCAGCGAUACAUGUCUAUCACCUACAGGUGGAUCUCAUGCUAACUGGCCCGGCGAUGCAACAAAACAAGUUGUUUCAUUACCGAUUGUUGACAACGUGUAUCCAAAGCCUGUAUACCAGCCACCAGGUGUGCCAGCAGAUAUAGCACCUAGAUUGGAGAAACUGCACGGUCAUCCCAUUGUAUGGUGGGUUGGCCAGGUCUUGAAAUACUUGUUGAGGCCGCAAGAAAAUCUUGAAAGAGUAUUAGAGUAUUCUAAGGAGAAGAUGGGCUUCAAAUCGCCGAUUGUUGGGAUUCACGUUCGUAGAACGGAUAAAGUUGGUACAGAAGCUGCCUACCAUGAUAUAGAUGAAUAUAUGUUAAAAGUAAACGAAUAUUUCGACCAGCAUGACAUAAAGCUUGAAGACAGGCGAGUGUUUUUAGCCAGCGAUGAUCCGAAAGUAAUAGUAACUGCGAAAGAAAGGUACCCUACCUAUCAGAUAAUCGGCGAUCCAGAAAUAGCUAAAACUGCAUCAGUAUCUAGACGAUACUCAGAUUCGUCUUUGCAGGGUAUAAUAGUUGAUAUACAUUUGUUAUCGUUGUGCGAUUAUUUGGUGUGUACAUUUAGCUCGCAGGUAUGCAGAGUUGCUUAUGAAAUUAUGCAAUCGUCUCAUCCAGAUGCUUAUAAUCGGUUCGCCUCGUUAGACGAUAUUUAUUAUUAUGGAGGGCAGAAUCCACACCCGCACAUAGCCAGGCUGGACCAUACCCCGCGAAAGAGCAGCGAAUUAGAAUUAAAAAUUAAUGAUCCAAUAGAGGUCUUUGGUAACCACUGGAAUGGUUACUCCAAGGGACGUAAUGUACGGAUAAACACGGUUGGUCUAUAUCCAAGUUUUAAAGUUAGGAACCCCAUAGAGGUUGUUGACUUUCCUAAGUAUCCAGAAGUCCCAAUCGAAGCGAACAACGAGCAAUGAAAAGUUUCUCGGACUGAAGGUGAAACGAAUAUUGGGAAAUGAAUAUGACGGAUAUUCUCAAGUUAGUAUCCAAGACAGAAAAAUAGGACUGUGUAAAUUCGUGAAAACAAAGCGAGUUUAAUAAAUUUAAAAAUAUUAUGUACACUUUCUUUUUGAGAAACCAACUGUGCAAAUUCUUGAAAACAGAGCGUGUAUAAUAAAUUAAACAACAUUAUUAAACACACUUUGUUAUUGAAAUUUUGUACAGUGCUUGUCUUAUAAUUAUUGAUUGUGAUUAUACAGUGCUAAAUUCCUCUUGUUAAAUUUGACAUAAAUUAGGAUCAUGUACAUAUACAAUUAAGAUAUUUAUAUUAAAAUUCUGGAAGCACUGUUGCUAAAUUAUUAGAAAAUUUAAGAUAUAAAACCUGCAGACAAAGCGAUGUAUAUUUUAUCAGUCAUAACAGAAUGCAAAUAACGUGACAUCUGUGCCAACGCAGUUAAAAUAUUGCGAGUUAAUACUACCUGAGGAAAUCGAUACAUAUAUUACGCGUGAAAUUGUACAAUUUACAGAUUUUCUAAAUACUAUUGGACUACAUAAUAUAUUUGAUUGAAUAAUUUAUUGAACAAAUUCAUAAAAUAUUAUUUGUUUUCGUUUUAUUAGUGUUACACGAAUUAUUGUUAAUAUGGAGUUGAUAUUUUUUUGUGCUCUGUAUAUAGAAUCGACGGAUGUAUACCCAAAUACUCAGUAAUCAAGAAAGAUACAUUAAACUGGGAUGAUUGGAACUUGUAUUAUAAAUUCAUACUAAUGAUUACACAUGUAUAUAAUCAUGCGGUUACUAGAAGGGCGCAGCAGAUCAAAACAGAAAUAAUCGAAUUAUCACAACACAACAGAUAUAAUGAACAAAACCACAGCCCAUCUGUAAGUAUUUCUGAAAUUGAUUGUUAGUAAAAAAUCCCAAAUUUGACGGCAAGCAAAAUAUUUUAUAUAAGAACUAAACAUAGUGUUACGUUAUACAAAUCAUCAGGGCUUGUACAUUGCGUUAGUCAUUAUUUAAUAUUUAAUGCUAAUCGAUAAGAUUUUGCUAAUAUUACAUAUAUUCAUAUAUAUUUAAAUAUAUAUGAAUAUAUGUAAUGUUAGCAAAAUCUUAUAUAUAUAUAUGGCCUCAGGUCUUUACCUAUAACCAUCAUAUUGGGGAGUUCCCACCAAUUUUUUGGACCCUAUUCUAUAAAAUUGUAAUAUAUUUUCUACCUUAAUCCAGAAAUUUGACGAAAAGAAAAUUAAAAAACGAGUAAAUUUUUACUAUACUGAACAAUUGAAUUGAAAUUGCUAUUAAAUAAUAAAUAUUUCAUUACCGAACACGUAGGGAGCUUGAAGAAUUUAUGAUUGAAACUCUUUACCUGAAAAAUUAGUGGUAAUUCAAUGUUAAUAUGUAAUAAAUGCAGAAAGAAGAUAAUUUUCAAUUUCAAGUUAUUCGUAUGUAACACCGUGUUGGUGUCUGUGUUCCGAAAUACAUUACGUCAGAGCUGGCAAAGAGAA